AUGCCCUAUAUCACCGAAGUUAUGAUAUUUUGUCUCGUUCUGGGUGACGCAGUCGGAAGUGCUUUCGUGGUCGAUAUCAAAGAAGACCAGACCAUAUCACAUCUCAAGAAGCUAAUAAAGGAAGAGAAAAAAAAUGCCUUUGGAAAUAUUGAUGCCAAUGACAUUAUGCUUUGGAAAGUUGAUGGUAUUCCUAUCAGCAGAGAAAACCUAAAAAAGAAAAUACGAGACGAUAUUAAUAUAGAACAAGAACUUGGAGGCAUGAUGUUGCCCCCGUCUAAUACUAUAAAACAAUGUUUUCGCGAGUUAACUAAUGACAUCCAAAUCAUAAUACAACCACCCACCAUCACCG